GGGAAUUUAUGAACCUUAAGACUGGACCACCACCUCAAAUGAAUUGACUUCCCCCACAAAAUUUGAUGGGCAGGUAGGUUAUUCCUUUCAGGGUUCUUUUUCUCUUAAGCUAAUGAUGAUCAAAGUAACUGACAAACUGUCACGGAAUCUGCCAGACCUCACUCUGGCCUUACCCCUUCUUCUCCCUAGCUCCUGAACUCUUUUCUCUCUCCGGUCAUGCUUUGAGUCCAUCCUUAGCAAAUUAACAAAUCUACAGGACUCCUGGUCAGCAUUCAUCCUAGGCCUGCUGUGCACUAGAGGGUCUAAGUGCCUGCCUCUGCCCCCUGGUGGCCUUACACUAGAGCUUCAUGGAGGUCUCUUCCAACCCUUCUGCAGAGACCGACCCAAGAGACUACAUUGAAGUGAGUGAUUUAGUCACCCAAAUACCCUCUAAAGUGCAGAUACAAGACAUUACUAUGGAGCUACACUGCCCUCUCUGUAAUGAUUGGUUUCGUGAUCCACUGAUGCUAAGUUGUGGCCACAACUUCUGCCAGGUCUGUAUCCAAAACUUUUGGAAGCAGCAAACAAGGGAAACAUUCUGUCCUGAGUGUAAGAUGCUAUGUCCAUAUAGCAGCUGUACAUUCAACCUUGUACUAGAGAAGCUGGUAGAGAAGAUUAAGAAGCUACCCUUACUCAAGGGCCAACCACAGUGCCCAGAGCAUGGAGAGAACCUGAAACUGUUCAGUAAACCAGAAGGGAAACUGAUCUGCUUUCAAUGCAAAGAUGCUCGGUUGUCUGUGGGGCAGUCUAAAGAGUUCCUGCAGAUCUCUGAUGCUGUCCGUUUCUUCACGGAGGAGCUUACUAUUCAUCAGGGUGAACUGGAGGCAACCCUCAAGGAGCUUCAGUCCCUGAGGAACAUGCAGAAAGAUGCUAUUGCUGCUUACAAGGAAAACAAGCUACAUCUGCAGCAACACAUCUCCUUGGAGUUUCUAAAGUUGCAUCAGUUCCUGCAUGGCAAAGAAAAGGACAUUUUAAAUGAUAUCCGAGAAGAAGGGAAAGCUUUGUGUGACGAGAUGGAGCUUAAUCUGAAUCAGCUUCAAGAACAGUGUCAUCUAGCCAAGGACAUGCUGGUGAGCAUCCAGACACAGAUGGAACAGCAGAACUCCUUCGACUUUCUCAAAGAUAUCACACCUCUCUUGGAUAGGUUGGAGCAAGGAAUGAAGGUGCUGUCACCCAGAGAGCUUAUCUCCAAAAAGCUGAACCCAGGCUUGUUCAAAGGUCCCAUUCAGUACAUAAUAUGGAGGGAAAUGCAGUCGACUCUAUCUCCAGGCAUAUCUCCAUUAACUCUGGACCCAAAAACUGCUCAUCCAAAUCUGGUACUCUCCCAAAAUCGAACCAGUGUGUGGCAUGAUGACAUUAAACAGGCAAUGCCUGACGAUCCAGAGAGGUUUGACUCAAGUGUGGCAGUGCUGGGCUCAAAAGGUUUCACAUCUGGAAAGUGGUACUGGGAAGUAGAAGUAGCAAAGAAGACAAAAUGGACCGUUGGAGUCGUCCGAGAAUCCAUCAUACGGAAGGGCAGCUGUCCUCUAACUCCUGAGCAAGGAUUUUGGCUUUUAAGACUAAGGAACCAAACUGACCUAAAGGCUCUGGAUUUGCCUUCUUGCUGUCUGAAUCUGACUGACAACUUAAAUAAGGUGGGCAUAUAUCUGGAUUAUGAAGGAGGGCAGGUAUCUUUCUACAAUGCUAAAACCAUGACCCAUAUUUACACCUUCAGUAGCACUUUCACAGAGAAACUUUACCCCUACUUUUGCCCUUGCCUUAAUGAUGGUGGAGAGAAUAAAGAACCAUUGCAUAUCUUACAUCCACAGUAAUCAGUCAUACUAUUGUGUAAAUUCAGAGUGUUUAUUAAAGAGGUAUUAAAAUAGUUUA